AUGGCCAGGUCAGAGAAUAUCCCUCUGGAGGAGGAGAUGGUGAGCAUCCUGGAACAAUGCGGGCCAGCACUGACAUAUGUCCUGCAUAGCAAGUUUGGAUGUACUGCUUUGCUCCAUGGUGUUGAUGCCGGUGCAGGUGCAAUGAAGUUCAAGAAGCCAGUAUUUAAGCACGAAACUGUCCAUUCCGACUCCAGAGAUGCAAGGAAAAGUGUACAACCAUUUAUCGAGCUCUGCAGUGCCUAUCAUGAGACAUUGAGGGAGGCCAGACGCUGGUAUUUGGAUGUUUUGUACCCUGCCUCGAAGAAUGCAAUCACCAUUCACAACAAUUUCAUCCAGCACUUUGGCCAGAGGGAGUUUGAAGAGCUUCUUUCCCUUCAGACCAAGAGGGAAGUUUCCAUCGAGGAGAACUUUAAAGAUGGCCGCUUUGGAUUGACCAUCCAGGGGGCUUCUAGAGGGUUCAAAGCUGCUGUGUUAGAGGUGGAAGCCCUGUGCUGCGAAGUCCAAGAGGAUUUUGCAAAAGAACAGUUGAGUUUAAUGGGCCUGCAAUCUCCCAUCAGUUCCCCAAGGAAGCCUGUAGAUGACAACAGUUCUGACUAUAAAGAGAGACAGCAACAUUUUCCCGGACUUGAAAUUGUCAGGGUUGAGAAGGUGGAGAACAAAGCUCUGAAGCAGGUCUUUGACCUUAGGAAGAGGCAUUUGCAGGUGUCUACCUCUUCUCAGCGAAUGUACCAGCGCUUGCCUGUGCAAUUCUAUGACCUACUCAGCAGAGUGGGCUUUCAGAUGGAGUUUGCACCACCUGACGAGCAAAAGCUGGGAGAGGGGAUCUACUUCAGCGGCAGCGUGCAUGGGGCAGAGAGGCUGUGGAAGGGCUCAGCUGACGAGGAGUACCUGUACUUCAUUGAGGCACAGGUGCUGACUGGCAAGUCAAUUGUUGGCUGUCCAGGUCUCAUCGUGCCUCCUCCCUUUGCCAGAGACCCACUCACCCUGUAUGACAGUGUGAAAGGAGGCGGAGACACCUGGGUCAUCUUUAAUGGUCACCAGGCUCUACCUGAAUAUCUGAUCACCUGCAAAAAGCCUACAUACGUAAAACCUCACGCAUUGUUCAACUGGGGUAAAGCUAAAAAGCCACAAAAGAAUGAGGACAUUGUCAUCAAGGGCCGGGAAGUGGAUCCGGCUGUCUUCCACAUUUCUUCCAAAGUGGAUCGUUGGAUCAAGGACCUGAACCUAAAGGAACCAGAGAGCAGCAGCAUCCCACACGACGCUGUCUACCUGUCCGAAUCCAACCGCCACCGCAUCCAUGCCAUGAGAAUCCAGGAAACGCUGAGGAAGGCCAGGGACAAAGAGUCCUUCAACUGGAACAUUAAAGUGCCUAGUAACAUGGUGGAUUGGCAGCAGCAGCCAGGGGGGCAGUACCAGAGGAUCCACCCCAUCCAUAACUUCCAUCUGCAGCAGGCGCUGGAGAGGAAGCAGCCCCGUGUGGAGGUCUCUGUCCGGGGGAAAAUGUGCAAGUUCACCCUGCCUGACAGGGCUGCUAACAAGACAAGUGGAAACAUCCUCAAAAGCAGACAAAUCGACAAGUUAGCAGCUCAACCUAUUGAGAGUCUCCCUCAGCAUUGGGAUGCCAUGCCAGCCAACACGUCCUGCCUGUCCUGCCUCAUCCAGCCAGGAAGCCCAGAGCACAAUGAAGUUUUAAACCUGUUCCGAGCCACCUGCCCCAACAAAGUUAUAAAGAUUGAGAGGAUCCAGAACCCAACCCUGUGGAGGAGUCUCCAGAUCAAGAAACAUGACAUGGAGCUCAGGAACGGUCACCAGAAGAAUGAGAAGAGGCUCUUCCAUGGAACAUGCCACACAACCAUCAAUCACAUCAACAACUAUGGCUUCAAUCGGAGCUUUGCUGGGAAAAAUGCUACAGCAUUUGGAAACGGCACCUACUUUGCUGUUGGUGCCAGCUACUCUGCCAGUAGCACGUACUCAAGAGCGGAUCUCCAAGGGCAGAAGAAUAUGUACCUAUGUCGAGUUCUGACGGGAGAUUUCACAGCAGGACGACGUGGGAUGACAGUGCCUCCAGCUAAAAGCACCACGACUUUUGAACUCUACAACAGCGUGACAGACAACCCAUCAGGGCCAUCUAUGUUUGUUGUUUUCCAUGACAAUCAGGCAUAUCCCGAGUACUUGAUCACUUUCUUCUAGACCCUGCGGAGAAAAGCAAAGAAAUCAAUGCACUUACUAAACUUUCAAAAAUCUUCCUUAUGAUUAUGACUACGUCCCUUAUAAACUGUUAUACACAACUUUUAUUGAAGAAAUGAAAAUGACUGAUGUCACUUCUGCAUGGAAAAGUGUAACCAUUACAGGUUAUAAUGUAACCCGGUUCAAUCUAACCCUAGCCUGAACCACAACCACAACCCUAACCCUAACCCUAACCCUAACCCUAACCCUAGGCUGAACCACAACCACAACCCUAACCCUCAACCACAAACCUAACCCUAGCCUCAACCCUAAC